UGCUGCCGCAAGUGGCACUGGACUGCGUAGGUAAGGCACAAUUCGUCUGCUCAAAAAUGCUAUCUUCUCUCUUCACCGUGGCUACCUUUGCCGCCUCGGCUUUGGCGAGCUGGGAGGGCAACAUCAACUUCCAGAGCCCUUCCCUUCGCCAUCGCUCUCUCGGCCUUGACGUCCCUAAGAUCCAGAAACGUCAAAGCCUUCAAGCUCGUCAGGCUCCCGCCAACUUCACCGACAGCCAGUUGAACUUCACGCACGGUGUGGCUUCAGGCGACCCCUGGGCCUACAGCGUGAUCCUGUGGACUCGGCUUGCGCCGAGCUUGGCUAGCGAUAAUAGCAAUGUCACCGUGAGCGGCUAUGUGCCUGUUUACAGCCAUGAGACGGAGCAAUACAUCCAAGCGAGCAGACACCGCGUCUGCGCGACGUGGAAGAUUGCGAGCGACCCACAACUCACCAAGAUCGUCGACUCGGGCACUGCAUACACGACCUCGGAUAUUGACUUCACCAUCAAGGUCGAAGCUGGCCACCUUCAGCCCUUCACUACUUAUUACUAUCAGUUUACCCAGUGCGGCACUAACAACCGCUCACCACUCGGCCGCACCAAGAGCUCUCCAACCGACGACGACGAUACGCAGCAAAUUGGCCUUGCAGUCUACAGCUGCAGCAACUUCCCCAAUGGCUACUUCAACGCAUACGGCAAUGCUGCCCGCAAGGACCAUGUGGACUAUGUUGUGCACCUCGGAGACUACAUCUACGAGACAUCGACCGGUGUGCUUGGACGUGACCCUCGCGCAACAAACCCUGGCCGCUCGAUUGAGACUCUCUAUGACUACCGCACUCGUAUCGCGCAGUACCGUACCGACCUCGAUCUCCUUCUCUCCCACCAAAACUUCGCCUGGAUUGCCGUGUGGGAUGACCAUGAGGAAGCGAACAAUGGAUAUCGCGAUGGAUUUUCCGCUAUGAACAAUACUGAGCAGUCCUUCAUACAGUCUGGAGGUGUGUCCGUUGACCAACGCAAGAUGAACGCUGUCCGUGCGUACUUCGAGUGGAUGCCGAUCCGCCAAGUCGAUAUGGACGACAAUUUGCGCAUCUGGAGAACCUUCAGAAUGGGCAAGCUCAUGGAUCUCAUCAUGCUUGAUACUCGCAACUACGACAGAAGUAUUACAGAUCUUAACUGGAACACUGACUACAUGUACCUGAUCCGCAACGAUGCCAGCCGUUCCCUGAUGGGCUCGGCUCAAGAGAACUGGUUCUACAAGGAGCUGAUCAACUCCCAGAAGCGUGGCGCUACCUGGCGUAUCAUCGGCAACCAGAUUGUCUUCAGUCGUGUCAACAUCUCCAGCUGGUUCGGCACGCUCGCCAACCCGUACAACGAGGAUCAAUGGGACGGUUACCAAGCGAACCGCAACCGCACCUUUAAGACGAUGUACGACUACGGCCUCAACAACAACGUCAUGUUGGCUGGUGACAGUCAUGCCAACUGGGUGUCGGACCUUGUCUGGCUCGACGAGCAUCAGUACAACCCUGCCACAGGCGAAGGUUCCGUUGGUGUCGAGUUCGCCGGUACUGCCGUCACAUCCACCGGUUUCGGUGGCACCAUCUCCAGCGCAAACAACCAGUCCCGUUACCUUGUCCGUGACAACACCGAGCUCCAGUGGAACGAAGGUUACUACCGCGGGUACUUCGAGCUGCACAUCGGCAAGGAUCGCAUUGACGCGCAAUACUUUGGCAUGCCGACCGUGGCAACCAGGAACCCGCUUGAGAUCAGCCUGGGUAACUUCUCAGUCAUGAACGGUGCGAACCAUCUCACCCGCCCAGUCGCUGGUGGCGUCGUGGAGAGUGGUUCCAUCCAGACUGGCAGUGUGCAAAUGACAAACUUGACCUACAACACCAUGAACGGUACCUGGGCGGUCAGGAAUGAUUUCAACCAGAUGUUCAUCACCUAUCCGCGGGCUUAAACCAACACGCUUAAGGAAGGGUUGAGCUAUGACGAAGACAUGGCACGAUGUUGAUGAGUCUAAUGCACUAUUUGUGCCAUUGAUGAGUAGAUAGAGAGCGUUAGUCAGCAUGCGAAGCUCACCACGUGCAUUGAGGCACUUCUCU